AAUUUUACACAUGUUAUAUAAACGACACAACGUGCGUCACACAAAGUCCACCAUCCCACAAACACAACACUGAAUGCUUCCGGAAACUAGUAUAUAAAUAAAGUGUGCUCUAGACAAACAACAAUGACAGAUUUGCGGUUGGUUUCAAAAACGUAACUGAUACAAAGUUGUCGUUUUAUGAAUUGGACUUUAAAAGAAACUACCGGUUUUAGAUUCAAGCAAUGGACAAGUUCAGUAUAGCGACCGUGGUUUUAGCAUGUGUUCUCACCGUGUGUGUCGGACAAACGCUGUCGUUUGGCCGUUGCCCGACCGUCAAAGUUCAGCAGCAAUUCGACAUUAAUCAGUAUAUGGGCAAGUGGUUCGAGGAGAGGAGGUUCUUUGCGAUAUUCGAGGCCGGAAUGACAUGCGUCUCAGCGGAAUACACUCUCCAAGAUGACGGCAGUGUCAAGGUUAACAAUACCGGAUAUAGGUGGCUAACUGGAAAGUAUUCCUCUGCAAUUGGCGACGCCAUAGUUGAGGACCCAAAAGAACCCGCAAAGCUCGGCGUCAGAUUCUCGCCAUCUCAACCCAGGGGAGACUACUGGGUAUUGGAGACCGACUACAGUCAAUACACGGUUAUCUGGUCAUGUACACAGUUGUCUCGAUUCUUAAACACACAGUUUGCCUGGGUUUUGACGAGGAGCCCAGAGGGUGUUUCCGCCCCAACAAUGAGUCGCAUUUAUGACCUCCUGAAGGGAUAUGGAAUUAACACCAAGAACUUCAGCACAACUGAGCAGGACCGAAGCAAAUGUCCCGGGCGAUAGCAUGCCAUUUAGCAUUCGGUGACACGCUGUUGUCUUUGGAGGCACAAGGUUGUCGUUGAUGGCACGUUAUACUAUAACGUGGGUCACGUUGUUUAUGUGCUAACAAGAUGUUGCUGUUUAUGACCGAUUGUCAUUCAUCAUGCCAUAUGUGUGUUGAUUGUGAUAUUCAUUAUUUUAUGUUGUAAAUAACGUGUGUGCAAACAAAUGAAUAAUUGAAUGCAUGAUUUUCCCAAGCGUAAAACCAUAAAUUUAACGUGAUAUUGUGUUAUGAUUUUAAAGUACAUUCUUAUGCAUGUUUUUUUACCAUAUUUCCUUCUUUUAAUAAUGUUUAUAACAUUGAAAUAAAACGAUGCUUGUUAA